ACCAAAGCGUGGCACAUCAGUGGUACACACGGUAACUUCGCAGCUCGCAGCAGUACACCCACGUUUGAAGGCUUGCAGUAGCGCAUCAUGGCAAAGUUGUUGGCGGCUUGUGUUAUUCUUACCGUAGCGCUGUUCGGUUUGAUUCACGCUUCGGAUCUUAUUCUGGGCACCGUCAACCCCGGCGAUCGUAUCCUUUACUCACAGGUGACCGCGGCACCCGGCAUCCCUGGAGGGCUUGUAAGCCGACAGGUAAAUUACACCGGCAUCUACAACAUUACCGCCAUUCGGGCGUACGAUCGUACCUUCAACCGUACCGGCCAGGCACACAUCACGGGUGGUGGACUCUAUCAGCGGUUCGUCAACUUGGCCCUGCAGACUCGCUUCAUCGGCAAUCCGCUCGACUUCUUGGUGGAGAUUUACGGACGAUAAGACACACACACACACGGGCUACGGUUCCAUAAAUAAAAUCCGUUUUGCGCUGCAGUAA